AUGGGCCCGCCCCGCCCUUCCUCCACACUCCGUCCCCUAGGCCCCGCCCACACCUCAGCCCCGCCCAAUCACAGAUCCCACCGCCCUCCGUGGGCCCCGCCCCACUCAACACUUCGUCCCCUAGGCCCCGCCCACAGAGCAGCCCCGCCCAAUCAACAGGCCCCGCCGCCCUCCCUCGGCCCCGCCCCUCCGCCGCGGAUUGGCCCCGCCCACACCUCAGCCCCGCCCAAUCACAGAUCCCACCGCCCUCCGUGGGCCCCGCCCCCCUCCACACCCCGUCCUCUAGACCCCGCCCACACAGCAGCCCCGCCCAAUCACAGGCCCCGCCUCCCUUCCCCGGCCCCGCCCCUCAGGCGCGGAUCGGCUCGGCGUUCCGAAGCCCCGCCUCCUCUGUCCUCGGCCCCGCCCCCUCCGUGGGCCCCGCCCCGCCCCUCCUACGCUCUCCGUCCCCUAGUCCCCGCCCACACAGCAGCCCCGCCCAAUCACAAGCCCCCGCCGCCCUCCCUCGGCCCCGCCCCGCUCCCCACUCCGUCCCCUAGGCCCCGCCCACCCCGCAGCCCCGCCCAAUCACAAGCCCCCGCCGCCCUCCCCGCGGCCCCUCCCCGCUCCCCACUCCGUCCCGUAGGGCCCCGCCCACCCCGCAGCCCCGCCCAAUCACCGACCCCCGCCGCCCUCCCUCGGCCCCGCCCCUCGGCCGCGGAUUGGCUCGGCGUCCCCGGGCCCCGCCCCCUCGGUCCUCGGCCCCGCCCCCCGCGGUCCCGCUCUCCGGUCGGUCCCGCGGUCGGUCCCGCGGUGCGGUGCGGUGCGGUGCGGUGCGUUUCGGGGAUGUCCUCCGGCAUGGACAGCCGCUUCGGGACCGGACCCGUCCCCGUCCCCAUCCCCGUCCCCGGAGACUUCAACCCGCUCAGCGCCGCCGCCAUCCCCGCCACCCGGGUGGAGCUGUCCGUGUCCUGCAGAAACCUUUUGGACAGAGACACAUUUUCCAAAUCUGAUCCAAUCUGUGUCUUAUACAUACAAGGCGUUGGAAACAAAGAAUGGAGAGAGUUUGGAAGAACAGAAGUAAUUGACAAUACUUUAAAUCCAGAUUUUGUGAGGAAAUUCAUACUGGACUACUUUUUUGAAGAGAGAGAGAACCUACGUUUUGACCUGUAUGAUGUGGAUUCAAAGAGCCCCAAUUUAUCCAAACAUGAUUUUCUGGGUCAGGUGUUUUGCACAUUGGGAGAAAUUGUUGGAUCUCAGGGGAGCAGACUGGAAAAGACGAUAGUAGGAAUUCCAGGGAAGAAAUGUGGAACAAUAAUUCUCACAGCAGAAGAGCUGAACUGUUGUAGGGAUGCUGUCUUGAUGCAAUUUUGUGCCAACAAAUUAGAUAAGAAGGACUUCUUUGGGAAAUCGGAUCCUUUUUUGGUCUUUCAUCGAAGCAAUGAAGAUGGCAGUUUUACGAUCUGCCAUAAAACAGAAGUUGUCAAAAACACCCUGAAUCCAGUAUGGCAGGCAUUCAAGAUCUCAGUCAGAGCAUUGUGUAAUGGAGACUACGAUAGAACUAUCAAAAUAGAAGUAUAUGACUGGGAUAGAGAUGGAAGUCAUGAUUUCAUUGGAGAAUUCACAACCAGUUAUAGAGAACUGUCCAGGGGGCAAUCGCAAUUCAAUGUUUAUGAGGUGCUAAAUCCCAAAAAGAAAGGAAAAAAGAAAAAGUAUAUUAAUUCUGGAACGGUAACAUUACUUUCCUUUCUGGUGGAAACGGAGGUUUCAUUCCUUGACUAUAUUAAAGGAGGAACCCAGAUCAAUUUCACAGUGGCCAUUGAUUUCACAGCAUCAAAUGGCAACCCUGCCCAGCCCACAUCUCUUCACUAUAUGAACCCUUACCAGCUGAAUGCGUAUGGCAUGGCACUGAAGGCCGUGGGAGAAAUUGUUCAAGAUUAUGACAGUGAUAAAAUGUUUCCAGCCCUAGGCUUUGGAGCGAAACUGCCUCCGGAUGGUAGGAUAUCGCAUGAAUUUGCUUUGAAUGGAAACCCACAAAAUCCCUACUGUAAUGGCAUUGAGGGAGUAAUGGAGGCUUACUACAGGAGUCUGAAAUCUGUCCAACUUUAUGGCCCCACAAACUUUGCCCCUGUAAUUAAUCAUGUAGCAAGAUAUGCUUCUUCAGUAAAAGAUGGUUCCCAGUAUUUCGUUCUUCUGAUUGUUACAGAUGGAGUUAUCUCAGACAUGGCUCAAACAAAGGAAUCUAUUGUUAAUGCCUCCAAGCUUCCCAUGUCAAUAAUUAUAGUGGGAGUUGGACCAGCAGAAUUUGAUGCUAUGGUUGAAUUGGAUGGAGAUGAAGUCAGAGUCUCCUCCAGAGGAAAAUACGCAGAAAGGGAUAUCGUGCAGUUUGUGCCAUUCAGAGACUACAUCGACCGAAGCGGAAACCAUAUCCUGAGCAUGGCUAGACUGGCAAAAGAUGUCCUAGCUGAAAUCCCGGAUCAAUUUCUGUCAUACAUGAGGGUCAGAGGAAUCAAGCCAUCACCUGCACCUCCUCCAUACACCCCACCGUCACAUGUAUUACAGACUCAGAUCUGACCAUGUUCCCUAAUGGCGUGCUCCGGGUCAGAUGCUCCCAUGAGGAAACGGGGAAGGUAACCCUUUUCCCCUGUCGGUACCACGUGGUGGGUUUCCUGGGAUCCCAAAUCGAUUCUCUUCGUAAACCAAAACUGUAAAUACGGUUGCAUGAGCAACUGAAAAGUUGUUGACUGCUUGAAGCAAAACGUGGAUGUCUUCUCUCGUCUUAUUUCUGACAGGAAAAGCUAGUUUCCGAUGUAUUGUGGAGAAAAAGCACAAACCAUGUUUUUAAUUCAAACAGUAUCGUCGUCUUUGACUGCUCUGUAUAUAGGAAUGCCGUUCUUACGUAUCAAUGUUUACAUGUUACUACUUUUUAAAUUUCAAUACUUUUAUAACUGUUCCUAAGAUUAAGAGUUUUGAAUAUUGAAAACUAUGUCUUCUAACUUGCAAUAGAUAGAACCACGGGAAGAGCAAUAUCUCUUUGAACCAUUGUCCGGACAAAUACGAUCGCAAACAAGGGAAGGACGAUAAACAUUUGUAUUUCUCUGUGGCUCAAUCGUCUCGUUGGCCCUCAGACGCUUAGAAAUCAGUUCAUCUCUCUCAGUCAGAUACGUUCAGUGGGUCUAAUCUCAAAUGGGAACACUGCUCUGCGCACAGUGAGCGCUCAAUAAGUACGAUUGGAUGAAUGGAAGGACAUACAUUUUUCACAGAUUGUCUCCUAAAUUUGGAGCGCAGUCAGUUUACAUUUUAAACGGUUGGCAGCCUACUGAGAAUAAGUUUAAACGUGGUUGAACUGUAAUUCCAGAAACAAUCAAACUUUAUAAAAAUGGACUUUUUUGUAUCAUAACUUAGAAAACCAAUAGUAUGAUUGUUUAAAAGUUGGUGGGCUGCUCCAGGCUUUCUGUUAUACUAUAUAUUGUCUAGAUAUUUCUAUUCAAAGGGAUACCGGCUCUCGAUAUUUGGAGUCUUUGCUAUUACCUGUCCACAUUACCAUGCAGGCUACGCAGGUUGGGAGUGAGUGCUUAGUACGGUGUUCUGCACACAGUAAGCGCUCAAUAAAUACGAUUGAAUGACUGAAUUUAGUAAAUCGAUCAGUUAAACAUUCACUGCCAUGUGAUUUUAUGCACAAUGAAUAUAUGUGCUAGACUACUCGCGUAUUAGGAUAUGCCUGGUCAUAAUUAACCGAAGAAUCUUUUGCAUGUACAGUUUUUAUAAGAAUUACAGUUUUGUGAAUUAGUGUCAAAAUUGAAGCAUUUCUUUAGAACAAAUGGCCUUAAAAUCACACAGAAUUCCUGGAAACAAUUGCGAAUUGCCUUCGAAUAAUGGAAAGGUGUAUUUUUCUUUUGUGUCAACAUUGUAAUUGCUUUGUAAUGUAUUUUUUCAUUUACUACUUCGUUUAUUUCUACCGUAUGUUGUACUUUCUGUCUCAUAUUAACUCACGAUGACUUUUUUAAGCAUGAAAAAGAUUUUGCUGAAAUAAUACACUCACACAUAUCUACAGUAUCAAUGGACUAGAACGAUGUAAUGCAAAACUGUCCCUUUUUAAAUCUAUAUUAAACUCUUUA